AUGUCCGAUUCAGACUUCAAUAAGGGCAGCACAGCAGUCCCAACCUCCAUUGAUAAGGAUAUGAAGAUCCUUGAAGAUGGGGUCACUGCUCCAGAGGCAGACAGCCGAAGAGUGUCCGCCAGCAUUUCUAUCGACCCUGUUGCUGAACGCCGGCUUGUCUGGAAGUUUGACCUUCGGAUCUUGCCAACACUGGCCGUCAUGUAUUUGUUCAAUUCAUUGGACAAGUCAAACCUCGGCAAUGCCAAAACAGCCGGCCUCGAGAAGACAUUGGGUCUUGUAGGAAACGAUUACAAUCUUAUCCUUUCGAUCUUCUUUAUCCCAUACGUCCUUACGGCUCCUUUCUUGGGCAUCGCCGGCAAGAAGUGGGGUCCGGCGAAUGUGCUUCCUCUUAUGAUGUUCAGCUUUGGAACCUGUACCCUGCUCGUUGUUGCAGUGAAGGGAUUUGGAGGUCUUUUGGCACUGAGAUGGUUUCUGGGUAUGGCGGAAAGCGCCUUCUUUCCACUCGUAAUCUACUAUCAAACCACAUUCUAUCGUCGUGGUGAACUUGCUCGCCGUCUUGCGAUAUUCUAUGCGGCAUCUUCAAUUGCAUCAGCAUUUGGCGGUCUUCUCUCUUAUGGGGUUUUCCAAAUCAAAUCCGGUAGCAUUGCAAACUGGAGAUACCUCUUCGUCAUUGAAGGCAGCUGUACAAUCUUGUUCUCCUUCUUUGCCUUCUGGUAUCUACCUCGGGAUGCACAAAGCGCCAAGUUUUUGACGCCCGAGGAGAAGCAACUGGCAUUUUACAGAAUACAGGUCGACUCGUCCUCUGUUGUGGGAGAGAAAUUCAAUCUGCGAUCUGCCAUGUCUAUUUUCAAGCACCCAACGAGCUGGAUCAUUCUGGGAAUUGAGAUCUGCCUUGGUGUUCCAUUGCAGUCUGUGUCUCUGUUCCUCCCAGUCAUCGUUAAGCGACUCGGCUAUUCUACAGUCAAGACCAACCUCUAUACCGUGGCACCAAAUAUUUCUGGUGCAGCGAUGCUCCUCAUCCUCGCAUUCGCAUCCGACCACACCCGACUCCGCUUCCCAUUCGUCGCCCUCGGCUUCGCCUUUACUUGCAUUGGCUUCAUUAUUUACGCCACAGUCGACAUCCAUUCCCAGCUCAACGUCGCCUACUACGCAUGCUUUAUGAUGACCUGGGGAACCAGCGCCCCAAGCGUCAUCCUUGAUGUGUGGUACAACAACAAUAUCGCGGACGAGAACAAGCGAAUGAUGCUGACCAGCAUUGGUGUCCCCGUGGCGAACCUCAUGGGUGUUGUCUCCAGUAAUAUCUUCCAGGCCAAGGAUGCACCAAAGUACAUGCCAGCUUUGAUCACGACUGCGGCAUUCGGUGCUUGCGGCUGCUUUCUCACUCUGUUGCUUGGCGCCUGGAUGGUUAUCGAUAAUAAGAGACGCGAUGCCAGAGACGGAAGGAAGAUCAAGGCUAUUGAUAUUCCCUCUGAGUUGUUGGCCGCUGGUCCUGAUAGUCCUAACUAUCGCUGGUGCUACUAG